AUGGUUUUCAAUCCGUGCUCUACACAAUGUGAAACUUUGCCUUUCUAUCCUUUCCCGAAUGAUCCGAAACAUGUUCACUUAGAUAUCUGUUUUCUUUCUUGCCACGGGGAACAUGACAUCAAUAAUGAAAGCAAAGCACAAGAGAAAAACCUUGUUACACUAAAUCGACAAUCAUUAUCGCCAACUUGUCGCAGAAACAUCACAUUGCUCUGUAUCAUUUGGCAAAUGUGUGUGCUUAUUCACAUCGUUUCAGAAAGCGAAACGUGGGCAACUGCUGAUGGAAAAGCAGACUUAGGCCGUGAGGUUCGGAGCGGAGCCUUGUGGCACAUCAAGACAUCAAAAAAUGUUUGUGGGAUUAAAAACAAACGAUAUUGUGCCAGGAUAUGUUUAACAAGGUUGGCAGACAUACUGUGA